CUCUCUCUCUCUCUCUCUCUCGCUUGCUCUGGAAUUUUGAAAUUUUGAGUUUAGAUUCUCUACUUCUGUUGAAAUUUGGAUAUGCACCGCAGGACGAGAGUAUGCAUUCGGGGGCGGACGUGGAGGCGCUCCAGGCUGCCCUAAACAGAGACAUAGGCGGAGAUGCCUCCACUUCUCACAACUUUGAUUCAGAUAAAGCUGUCCAACUGCAGGCUGAUUCAAGCUAUCCAACUAUAGAAAAUAAUGUGCAGAAACCUCAAGAGGUGAAUGGCCAGUCAGAUUCUCUCUGAGCACUAGCAAGUCGAGUGUCUUCUUCCAGUGAGAGCACUAUCAAUCAAGAAGGGGAGCGGUCCUCAAUUCCUACUCAAGGACUCAAUAAGCAGCAGCAACAGCAUUUGCACUUUCCUCCCAUUUAUGGAAAUACUGGUGGUAAUUUUCACCCAUAUUCUGGGACAAAUGUCAAUUCUUUGACAUCAUCUGUCAAACCACAACCUCAUGAUGCACAAGUAAGGAAAAUCUCACAGCAUGAGAUCAUGAGUUCAACUCAGUUAAAUGGGACAACACAGGGCAUUAACACAAUGGGCACACCUAAGUUUCAAAGGCAAAACUCUAUCAAUGAUCUAAAGAGAGUUCAGGGUGGAUCUGUUUCUCACUUGGCAAACAGUUCAACAUCACAACAUAUUCUGGUUCCUCGGCAAUCAUCCACAAAUAAAGAACAAAGUUCUACCCCUUCACCAUCAACGGCCGGUGUAAAACAGGAAUCACUUGAUCAGGUAACUGAGGAGCAGCACAGGCCCCAUUUUCUUCAUCUACAUGGAUUGUCUUCUCAUUAUGCUGCACAGCUUGAACAGGAAAAUGUAGCUUCUGGAAUUUACAUGGAUGAAGCUUUAGAAAAGCAUCCUUCGAGGAUGGGUCUGCCGACACAGUCAGAUCCCUAUGUCCCGUUAGGAUCUCGCAUCACAUCUGCAGCCUCUCCUGCAAGAACACCUUCCAAAAAGCCUUCUAUUGGCCAGAAGAAACCACUUGAUACGCUUGGUUCAUCACAACCUCUGCCAAGUAAGAAGCAAAAAGUAUCCAUGGCCGUUUCGGAUCAAAGCAUUGAACAACUAAAUGAUGUCACUGCUGUCAGUGGAGUAAAUCUGAGGGAAGAGGAAGAACAGUUAUUUUCUGUGACCAAGGAGGAUAGUCAAGUUUCAGAAGCAUCUCGAAGAGUUGUGCAAGAAGAGGAAGAAAGAUUGAUUUUGCAGAAAGCAGCCCUCCAGAAAAAAUUGGCAGAGAUCGUGGCCAAAUGUGGCUUGAAGAGUAUAAGUAAUGAUGUGGAGCGAUGCUUGUCAUUGUGUGUGGAGGAAAGAGUGCGUGGACUAUUAAGUAAUCUGAUCAGACUGUCAAAACAGCGGGAUGAUAUUGAGAAACCAAGACACCGAACUGUUAUCACCUCAGAUGUUCGACAUCAAAUAAUGACAAUGAACAAGAAGGCUAGGGAGAAAUGGGAGAAAAAACAGGCUGAAGCAGAGAGGCUUCGAAGACUUGAUGAACCUGAGGGUAAUAAUGGACUUGAUGGCGAGAAGGAUAAAGAUGAAGGUCGUGCUAAAUCCAUUAAGGCAAACAAAGAGGAGGAUGACAAAACGAGGACAACGGCUGCAAAUCUGGCUGCCCUCGCUGCUGUUGGAGGAGAUGACAUGCUGUCAAGAUGGCAACUUAUGGCUGAGCAAGCCCGGCAGAAAUGUGAAGGAGGGAUGAAUGCAUCUGGCUCUCAGCCAGGCAAAGAUGCGAGUUGCAAGCCUCUGUCAACAUCUGUUCCCCCUCCCCGAAAAGCAGGGGCUGUUAAAAAAUCUGGAAGGAACCAAAUUAUUGUGCCUCAAACUAAGGUGGCUCGAAACAUCUCCAUUAAGGAUGUAAUUGCAGUCCUGGAAAGGGAACCCCAGAUGUCUAGGUCAAGUCUAUAUGAGAGAAUCGCUCUGAUGGCAUCGUUGAGUAAGUGAAGCAGGUGCAAAGACGUUCGUUUUUCAGCUGUUAGCGUCUAAUCAGCGUUUCUGUUUGGAAUGCAAGUAUAUGCUGGUGUUGAAGUAAUCUCUCUUUUGAAGUCAUUUUGAAGUUCGGCAGAGAGAAUAUGACCAUCGACCGGAAAAGUAUAUUGAUUGUGACCUCCUAACUAGAAGAUGGUAUCUUGUGUUUUUUCCCCCUUUAAUAUUUCAAACUUUAGAAUUUGUUUGAGUA